CAGACCUCCAUCAUUCAAAUUCGCUCGUUAUCCGAUACCGGUACCGGAUUAUAACGAAUUGUUUAUCCCAAGCUCGCUAGAUUGCACCCGAGACAUCACCAUCUAGGAGUAUCUCAAUUUGCGCUCCAAUUAACGCGUAUAUAAACAGUUCCGACCUUUGCAUAACCGGGACCACGGUCAUCUGUGCCUUGUCCCAACAAUACAGUCCGGUUGAUCCUCGUGUGUAUUCUGUCCUAGACCCCAAACCUCCUUGUUCGUCAUGGAUCAACAAGUCGAUCGAUUAGUGGACAAGAUCUGGAACAAAUUCCAGUCAACACCAAAGGAUGCUCGACUACUAAUCGCGGUCAGCGGAAUACCGGGGUCCGGCAAGACAGAGCUGGCUACAACAAUGGCCAACCGCAUCAAUCAACGAUAUUCAACGCAACAUCCAGACUCACCGCUUAUCGCGACCAUUGUCCCAAUGGACGGGUACCACCUCACGCGGGCUCAGCUGGCUGAAAUGCCCGACCCCGCAUACGCUGCUGCCCGCCGCGGUGCUGCAUUCACCUUCGAUGGAGAGAAGUUCCUCAAGCUAGUGCAGGCGCUGCGGGAAGAGGUGACGCCUCAGACACGGAGCCUGUACGCUCCGAGUUUUGACCACGCGGUCAAGGAUCCCGUGGAUGACGACAUCACCAUUCCGGCUACCUGCCGGGUGAUUUUCUUCGAGGGUAACUAUCUUAGUCUGGAUAAGGAGCCGUGGAACACGGCCGCGAAAUUGAUGGAUGAGCUCUGGUUUGUCGAGGUUGAUUUUGAAAUUGCCCGGAGGAGGUUAAUUCGAAGACAUGUCAAGGCGGGAAUCGCGAAGGACGAGACCGAAGCAGAUAGACGAGUCACGGAGAAUGAUCUGGUAAAUGGGAAGGAGAUUGUGGAUUACAGGAUGGAUCUUCAGGAGCUCAUUAAUAGUGAAUUUGACCCUGCGUGGGAAAGGUGACGCAAGGGCUCUUGAAGGGUACCCAACACAUUCAAGUAUAUAGACUAUCAUC